CAGUCAACGACUCUUACCGAGCGCGUCCGUUCGCACGUACGCUCCUUUUGGAGCUAAAAAAAAAGCUCAAGCUGAAAUUUGCAACAACCGUUAAUUUAUUUAUCCCCAAAUUACCGUAAAAGUGUUGUGUACCCUCAUAAAAUCGGAAAAUUUCUAAAAAAGUGGAAUUUCAAUAAUUUCGAAGCAACUAGUCACUCAUCACUAGCAAUAGCUUCCCGCCAAGGACACUCCGAGACCAGCCACAUAAUUAUCUAAUAAUUAAUUAUCAACGACAAUAGUAUUUUAUUCGUUAUUUAUUUAUUUGAAUCGAUCCAUUCGAUCGCACGAUCAUUCCACCGAUCUGAACGCCUUCAGAGUCUCACAUAACCAUUAAAUAUUAUAACGAACAAAGAAACUUUGAGACUGACUAAUUAAGUAAUUAAAAAACCGCGGUGAGAUUUUUCCGGGGAUCAGGUAGUUUUUUUUUAGUGAAUUUAUAUUACGUCAGAUUUUUCGGAGCAACUGCAAGUGACAUUUGUUGCGUCAGAACUCUGGACUAUAGUACAAAGGACUCAGGGAUUUACUCUACGGAUUUUUAACUGUGAUAAUUACUGCCUUUUUAUACCAGGCUAGCCAGCUGGGCCAUUCUUGUAGUGUGACUAGCGAGCAAUCGCAGGCCAUACUACUUCUUCCCAAAAGUGACAGCUACUGAGUCAGCAGUGACGUCUGUCAACCUUGAAAAAUCUCACUGAAAAUCAGCUGGUCACACAUGGCAGGAAUGGACACAUCAGGCUCGCCUGUACCGGAUGCAAUCCACUCCCUCCUUGAGCAGCUCCAAGAGGCCCUGGUGCUCGAGCUCAAGUAUCAGCCGAGCCUCCAACUCCCCGUCACCACUCAAAACGAUGAGAUAACGAUUGGCGCCAGGGAUGGUUCUGCCCACGUUCUUCGCUGCCUCAAGGUCUGGUACGAUCUAUCAUCCGACGUAUUAUUCAUCGCAAUAAAUCUGAUGGAUCGUUUCUUAACAAAAAUGAAAGCGAGACCGAAACACAUGGCCUGCAUAAGCGUCUCCUCGUUUCACAUUGCUGCCGUCCAAAUGGCCCAAUCACUCGAUGCCGAUCAUCUCGUAUCAAUAUCCCAGUGCAAAUGCACCGGUGGUGAUCUAAAACGCAUGUCAGAUUUGAUAAGCGCUAAACUCGAUUGGGUACCUGGUACAACACCGAUAACAGCACUCACAUUUCUUCGUCUCUUUCACGUUAUGUUUCAAGCCGCUGCAUCGCAGAUGGGACUUGGUGAGCUAUACGCCAGUCUCAUUACGGAAUCAGAAUUACUUCUGAGACUGGAAAUGGUUGCGUGCGAUGGCAAUUGCGCGAGCCUCAGACCAUCUGAAGUUGCACUGGUGUUGAUCUGCACGUAUUUGGACUCGGCUGUCAAUCGUCUUGAUGCACAUGCAGAUGCAACACCUUUUGCACCUCUAGCGGGAACAUCAUCUAUGGAAAUCGAAGUGACACCAGCGCAGCAGAUGCUCAGGCUCGUUGAAUUUGCUGCUGAGCUUCAGAAGAUGUCUAAAAUAUCUGAUGAGAGCUUUUUUGCUACGCACGAACUUGUUGGUGCUAUAUUAAGCAAGUACAAUGCACAAGAGCAAACACCACACAGACAGAGACUUAUUUGGCGAUUGUCGUCCAGAACUGCUAGGCUACUUCGACCAACUGAUAAAUUUACUUCUGUUUUACCAGUAAUUGCUGAACAUGCGCCAGUUCCAUCGCCCAGUCGAGUCAGGAAAAGUCGUAAGUUUGGAAGACGCCACAGCAAAAGGCGUUAAAUUGUUGAAAAUUUUUGGGUGCAACCAGAAAACAGCUUUUGAAGCAAUUUUCUGGAGAAUUCAGGCAAAUAUUGAGCUUGCACGUGUGUUCUGUAUGUUUCGAUAGAAAAAUCUUUCAAGAAUAACUCUGGCAUGAACGAAAACCAAAAAGAACAUUCAUAUAAUUUAUAAGUUCUGGAUAAUUUUGCGCAUUUUGUAUAAUUACGGCGACAUUCUAAAUUGGAGUUGAGGUUGCUGGAAAAGUGCCGAUGAGAGCUGUGAAGACAAAAUUAGCGAGAUGAAAAAACAAAUGUUAAAACAUUAAGGAAAGGGUUAAUGUGAUAACAAAAAUUUCAAACAGUGGUUAACAAUCGAAUAGAUAAUUCCACUGUUGAAGAACUUAUGUAUAUUCUAUCUAAUUAUAUAUUAUAUCGCUAUUAACGGAUUUAAUUGACGAAAAAGUAAAGGAAAAAAAAAUUUUAAAAUACCUAUAAAACAAAAAAAGGAUUUAAGUUGUAGGUCGUACCUCAAUCUCCGUCAACUGGAGACGGGAAGAUUAACAAAACAAAAAGGUACGUGCAUUCUAUUCGUAAAGUGGCUAAUUUGUUGAACUUGAUAGCUUUACAGGGAAAGUUCAAAGAGUUGAUCAAAUUGGUUUUUUUCGUCGAAGCGUUUGAAUAAAAAUAAAAAAAGAAACGAAAAUGAGGUAAAAAAAAAUCAUAAAAAAUGAAAAUCAAGAUUUUUUGAGUAUGAGUGUGUGGAUUAUUGUAUUUAAAAGUAUUGAGUGUUAGAACGUGUCUUCGAAUGCGUGAAAAUAUGCGAGCAAUGUGUUCUCGAAUAAACAAUAAUUAAAUAUUUUCCCCUGAGAGUGAAUCAAUAAAUUAAAAUAAUUUCAAAAACAAUGAAAAAUGAGACUGCAUAAAAUUCACGUAUUUGAAGAAAUUAAAUGGUGAAGUAAACUCGUGUAUAUAAUACCAGCGAAAAUUAGAAAUUUUCAUGUGUUUUGAGGCAGGUAAAUCUUAAGAGGGUGAAAUGAUUUGAGUGAAAAUAAAAGAUGAGAAAGAUAAUGAUGACUGGCCUAGGGUGAAAAUGAAACCACUCAUGUAUUUACACUGUUGCAAUUAUUGGCAAGAAUUCUUGGGUCUAUCAGUGGAGAAAUUGUCCUUUAUAAUUUAUUCUCUUACCACUCUCGAAUAACUUCAUUCGUCGAUAGUUGUCCUUGUUCUGCUUUUUCUUUUGUAUUUAUAGAUAUUUUUUUAAUUUAAUUUAUUUUGGAACGCGUCAUUUAUCAAUUGCAAUAGUGUGAAUGUAGAGGAAUAAAUAAUUAAAUGAAAGUAUUCCACAGAACAUAGCCAGUUUGUGCUAGUCACAAGACAUUAAUAAUUAAUUUCUCUUCUGAAUACUUUGUCGAAUUAUUUUCGAAUGAAUUUUCGCUUUAUUAAAUCGCACAUACUCGCAGUAAAAAAUUAAUUCUUUAGAAAAUGAUUUCUUUCUCUUUCUUAUGUGUAAUGCAAAAAGGGUAGUCUUUCCUUUAUUUCAUUGAUUUUCAAAAGAAAUGUAUUGGAAUUUCGCUUGGAGAUUGAUAACUACAGGAAUAAGAUCCUGAAACGAUUUUAUUUAUAAAUUUCAAGUGUUUGGUAGAACGCAGAAUUUAACGAGAAUGUAAUUUCAACGUGAUGUAGGUUACAUAUCUCAGGGUAAACAUGGAUGCUGUGAGGCACUCUUUGAAGGAUGUUAUUAAUUAUAAACAUUGUCUCGAGGAGUAAUGCGUGCUUCACCAACUGUUUUCGUGGGGAGCAUCAGAAUCUCGAUAAAAAUCCUGUCGAUUUCAUUAAGUUGCCCUUCAAUGACCAAAUAAUUACCUUGAAUUUUUUGAAAGAGUGUUUCCAUUAUCGGAGGAAGAUGAUUAAAUAAAUUACAAUUAAAUCAAAUUCUCAUUCUCGUUUCCAUUCACCAAUAAUUGGAUUAUUUAUCGUUACUUUCGAGUGAAUAAUGGAAUAAUUGAAUGAUAAAAUACUGUCAAAAGUACAAACUGAUCAUUUGAAUGUGUUGAAGUGACUUGAUACAAUUCAAUAAUUUAACGGAAGCCUGAGGGCUGGUGAAGAUCUCAAUUUGUUGAUGCUCGAUCGAUUUUUAUUAUCAUCUUGAAUGAGAACAAAAAUCAAAAAAAUAUUUAUCCAUUUACACGUAGUUUUUCGUAUCAACCAAAUGGCAUUUUUCGAUCGAGCUUCAAGGAAGAAAAAAAAUCACGUCUUCGAUAUUCGAAGUUGACGAACAAUAUCAACUCGAGCGUGAUUUAUCGUGUGUUCGUCGAAUACGUAAUAAACAACAAUAAAACAAAUUUUUUAUCACGCAGAGAUAAUGGACACCUUAUGUGUCAUUAUUUCAUUGUAAAAUGAACAAAAUGCACUUCUCAUUACUAGUGAAUGUUUCAAUCAUGUAUUAGUAUAGUUAUCCAGAAAAUUGGAUAGAAUUUUUUAUGUCAUUUGCCAAAAUGUCAUUUGUCAGCCACUAAUUCAAGCAAAAGGACGUACUUCAUAAAAAAAAAAAAAUAAUUACAACGUGAAAAGAUGAAUAAAUUCAGAAACCGUGAAACGAAA